CAUCUUAUCAUCCGAUUGCCCCCUAUCUCUUGUCUGCCAAAGGAGACAAACUGGGUAAAGGGGAGGCCAUGAACGGCAGCAGCACAUCAAGGAAAAGAAAAUGAAAGCAGAGCGGCAGCGUAGGCCCCUGCCCCCAACCACCACCAUCCAUCUCCUCCCCUUCCCCUGUCAGCCUCUCCCACUCGCGAAUCAGUGGAGUGAUGGUUUUUGCUUUCCAAGCAAGAACAUUCUGGUUUGCUUUGGCUCUCCCUCACUCCUCUCACUGGUCCGUGCUCUGCAGCAGCUGUUCCUCGGAGGCUCAAAGCACGCCUCACACUGGCAGCAUCUUGUGAUCUGUCUCUCCCCUCUCCCCUCACAUUUCCCAACACCUGGAGUACCGAGGUAGGAGCACAAGCAGAGGCACCUACCUCUUGCUGGUUGCUUCCAACAUCUGGGCACAAUUAUCUGGAUUCUAGACCAGAAACUCUCAUGUAGAUCCCCUGCUCCAGUCUGCUGCUAGAACUUGGCAAUCUCAGGAGGACUGUCUGAGAUAGAAGUUGCUGAGAUUUGCCCAGGGUUGGGGCUCAAUCCUCUUCCCCUUCAGCAGUUCAGCCCGCCAGUGUUGGUUGCCUCUUGUUAGUUGUUACUGUGUUUCUGUCUUCCAUGGCGGCGGUGGCGUCGUCUUCUCCUCCAGCAACAAUUGUUGGGCCGCAGCCGACGUGGGUGCCCUAUGAGCCAACCCGAGACUGCUCCCAGGGCCUCUGCAGCAUGUACUGCCCGCAGUGGUGCUACUUCAUCUUCCCGCCCCCGCCGCCGGCCUUCGACCUCGGUGGCCCCGGCAGCGACGACUCCUCCGGCCCCACCUUCUCGCCCCUCGUUAUCGCCAUCAUCGGCGUGCUCGCCAGCGCCUUCCUCCUCGUCAGCUACUACACCAUCAUCUCCAAGUACUGCGGCACCUUGAGCUCCCUGUGGAACAGGCUGUUCGGCUCCGGCAGGGGCCGUGGCCAUGGCGCCGACGGCGGCGGCGGCGGCGGCGGCUCGCGGAGUCAGGAGCCGUGGAGCGCCGUGCCGUCGGACGGGCUGGACGAGACGCUGAUCAACAAGAUCACGGUGUGCAAGUACAAGCGCGGCGACGGGUUCGUGGACAGCACCGACUGCUCCGUCUGCCUCGGCGAGUUCCGGGACGGCGAGAGCCUCCGGCUGCUCCCCAAGUGCAGCCACGCCUUCCACCUGCCGUGCAUCGACACGUGGCUCAAGUCGCACUCCAACUGCCCGCUCUGCCGCUGCAACAUCGCGUUCGUCGCCGUCGGCGUGGUGUCGCCACCGCCGGAGCCGGAACGCCGCGGCGCGCGGGAGGACCGGGCAGACAGCCUCGAGCUGGUCCUGACCAUAGACGACUACUCGGAGCAGGCGCGCGACGAGCCCCAGGAUCAGAAUGCGGCGAGCGGCAACGGCAGCGGCCAGGAGGCGCCGAAAGAUUGUCCAGGGAGAUCGGAGGAGGCCAGCGGCAUUGUCGAGAUCAGGGAGGACGGCGCGCCGCCAGUGAGGGCGUCGUCGUCGCUGUCGGACACGCACCGCGAGGGCCGCAUGUCCAUCGCCGACGUGCUGCAGGCCAGCCUGGAGGACGAACUGAUGAUGGCCCGGGAGAGCGGCCUCCUGGCAGGCUCCUCGGGGACGGGGUCGUCAAGACGGCUCCACGGGGAGCACAGCAACAAGGACGGCGGCGGCGGCCGCAGCGGCCGCGCAUUGCCGGAUGCAGCCAAGAGACUGCCGUCGGUGGGAAGAUCGUGCUUCAGUAGCAGGAGCGGCAGGGGAAAGGAUUCGGUUCUUCCGAUGUGAGGCCAUUGAUUCUGGGUGGUUCUUCUUCUGACUAGGAUACAUGACAUCGAUACUCUUUUUGUGUGUGUGCGUGUGCUUCCGGUGAAGAUAAGGUGCCAAUUGCUCGUGUCCUCUUUUUUAGUUCCCAAAAUGAAAAUUUUUUUAUGUCAAAUCGACUGUUUAACCAGAUGUCGGGAGGGUUUUUCGGACACUAAUUAAAAAAUUAAUUUCAGAACUCA